AUGACUGACACUUCCUCGGAGUACCAUGCGGUCAUCAUCAAUAUAAGUACCAAAUCCAUCAGCGCUGGCUUUGUGGGGGAAGCAGAACCUGCGACGGUUCUUCAGUUAGGACCAUUUAAAGAGUCCUGUGAACGAGCUCUUCCUCCAUAUUUUGAGUUAGACCACUCAUUAACUGCAUUAGAGCGUAAGAAUAUAAUAGAAGGUUUGACAAGCGACCCUAUACUAAAAGAUCUCAGCGAUAUAUUCACCACGGAACAAUGCCUGUGGUUCCCACUACGUUCACUGCUAAAGUGUCAUUCUUCGGCGACUCUCAGUCGAGAAGUAAGAGCCAAAGUUGUUGAUUUGCUUGUGAAUCGUCUUCUUGUGACUCCAUCGAGAACAAAAAUAUUCUUGAUAGACUCAUUCAUUACAGAGUCUUCAAAGAAUAUUAUAUACAAUGAAUUAUUGUAUGGGGUUGGCGUGCGCUCAAUUUAUUGCAUUCCAGAGCCCAUACUCACUAUAGUGGGCGCCCAAUCAAAACAUGGUCUAGUCGUCGAUAUAGGCUGGGACAAAAUAAGCAUCAUUCCUGUCAUUGAUCUUCGAAUGGUCGAAGAGUGUGGUUACGAAAAUUUCCGAAAACUCACAGGCACACAUCUCCACUACUAUACUCUACAAAAACUCUUGGAGCUAGAGAACAGUGAACUAACGGAGUCUUUACAUUCAAACAGCUUUGAACUCGUAAACAAUUUCAUCACUGGUUGCAUGUAUUGUAAGCAGGAUGGUGAAGAACAAGAGACUCAAUUUACUUUUAGUGGUAUUAAUAUUCCGAAUGAAAAACGAUAUCAGCCCGUUCACGAAUGCUUCUUGUCAAAUCACGUCUUGUCUAAACGUAUACUAAAAGUGGUUGAGCGGUGUCCACUAGAUUAUCGUUCAAAGUUGAUGAACUCGAUUUGUUUUACAGGCUUCGUAACCUCGAUUCCCGGCUUCAAAUCUAGCAUCUUGAAUCAGCUUCGAGAAUUGACUUCGAUAAAAGUUCAGGCCAUAAUGACACUUGGGCCUUAUGCUGGCUAUUCGCUUUAUGGGUCUACUAAGCUUGUCAGGGAGGAAUAUAGUGCAUGGAAAGCUUUUGAAGUUACGAAACGUACAUUUGUCAAGCGUUGA